AUGCACUCGGAUAUUAUGUCUGAUCAUAAUUUGCAAUCGUUCCUGCGAGAGGCUGAAAUGGCUUCGAGAUGCCACCAUCCUUGCCUGUUGCAAUUCAUUGGUGCAACAACUGAUGAAAGACCACUGAUAAUAACCGAGAUCAUGGAAUGUAGUCUGAGGACCAGAUUAUACAGUCAAGGUGCGUCAUUACUAUCCGAACAAGAAAUAACUAUUAUUUCUCUGGACGUGGCCAAAGCACUGAAUUAUCUGCAUCAGAAACCACAACCCAUCAUUCAUCACGAUAUCAGUAGUUCUAAUGUGUUGCUAGGUCGAGAAGGUGGCCAAUGGAGAGCUGAAGUGUCUGAUUAUGGCACUGCUAAUUUUGUAUGUCAAAGCAGUAUCAAUUACGCGGGGGCUGCAGUCUACUGUGCACCCGAAUUCUUGCAUCCAGACCCGCGGAAACCAAUAAUCUGCCAGGUUAGUAUU